AUGUCGCCCGAAAUCGAAUUCAAAGGUUACGCUCUCACCGAACGGUGUGAAUGGAACGAUCUGAAGCUCAUAUCAUUCCAGCCCAAAACAUUCCAACCAGAGGACGUUGAGAUCGCUAUCACUCACUGCGGUGUAUGCGGCUCGGACGUGCACACUUUGACUCAAGGCUGGGGCGAGUCCAAGUUUCCCCUCGUUGCUGGUCACGAAAUUGUCGGCCACGUUACCCGCGUGGGUGACAAAGUGACUGAAUUCAAGCCUGGAGACCGUGUUGGAGUUGGCGCGCAAAUUGGCUCCUGCCUUCAAUGCCGCGCUUGCAAGACCGACUAUGAGAAUUACUGCCCGAAGAGCAUCGAAACCUACAAUGGCGAGUAUGAUGAUGGCGUUGUCACCCAAGGCGGGUACUCAACUGCAAUCCGUGCGCAUGAGCGUUUUGUAUUCCCAAUUCCUAAGGGGAUCGAGUCCGCGCACGCCUCAUCUAUGCUAUGUGCAGGCCUGACAGUCUACUCGCCAUUGAGGACGCAUGGGGCUGGUCCAGGCAAGAAGGUUGGCGUUAUCGGCAUCGGUGGCCUCGGUCACUAUGCUGUCUUGUUCGCCAAGGCCAUGGGCGCGGAGGUGUACGCGUUCACUCACGACAAGAGCAAGAUCGAUGAUAUCAAAGAGAUGGGUGCCGACCACGUCAUAGAUACGACGGAGUCGGUGUGUUCUUAG